GUUUAGUUUGGGGUAGGAGCAACUGCAGAAUACACUGAGACAAAACAGAAGGUCAGCAAAGAGGUGCUCAGAGAGACAGCAAAAAGUGUAGCUUGCGCUUCACAAGACUGAAGAGAACAGAGUGUGCUGGCAGCUGGCUUCUUCUUGCCACCUCUCCUGGAUUAUUAUUAUGCAGUACUCCAUGCUGCUGAGCUUCUUCUCACCACUGCUCCUUACCCUACUCAGCCAAGCAAGAGCUCAGUUCCCUCGCCAAUGUGCUACGGUUGAUGCCUUGAGAAGUGGCGAGUGUUGUCCGGAUUUGUCUCCAGUGUUCGGGCCUGGUACUGAUCGCUGUGGUUUAUCUUCAGGAAGGGGUCAGUGUGUACCAGUGAUAGCAGACUCACUGCCCCAUGGCCCACAGUACACGCAUGACGGCCAAGAUGACCGUGAGCAGUGGCCCUUACGCUUCUUCAAUCGAACCUGCAGCUGCAAUGGUAACUUCUCCGGUUAUGACUGUGGGUCCUGCCGACCUGGCUGGAGUGGAGCUGCCUGUAACCAGCAGAUCCGCACAGUUAGGAGGAACCUUCUGGACCUGAGUGCGAAGGAAAGGAAUGAUUUUGUCAAUGCCUUACACCAAGCCAAGGCUACAAUACAUCCUGAUAUUGUCAUAGCCACCAGGAGACAUGAGGAGAUAUUGGGACCUGAUGGCAACACACCUCAAUUUGAAAAUGUGUCAAUUUAUAACUACUUUGUGUGGUCCCAUUAUUACUCUGUCAGAAAAACUUUCCUUGGUGCAGGGCAGCAAAGUUUUGGAGGAGUGGAUUUCUCUCAUGAAGGACCAGCAUUUCUCACUUGGCAUAGGUAUCAUCUACUGCAGCUGGAGAGAGACAUGCAGGAUAUGCUACAGGAUCCCUCUUUUGCACUUCCCUAUUGGAAUUUUGCUACUGGUGGAAACACCUGCGAUAUUUGCACAGAUGACCUGAUGGGUGCUCGAAGCAAUUUUGAUGUCUCUCUUAUAAGUCAGAACUCCAUCUUCUCCCAGUGGCGUGUGCUCUGUGAAAACCUAGAAGACUAUGAUACCUUGGGAACCAUUUGUAACAGCACAGAAGGUGGUCCGAUUCGAAGGAAUCCUGCUGGAAAUGUUGCCAGGCCAAUGGUUCAGCGUCUCCCAGAACCACAGGAUGUUGCUCUUUGUUUAGAAGUUGGUUUGUUUGACACUCCUCCUUUCUAUUCCAAUUCAACAGACAGUUUCCGUAAUACAGUAGAAGGCUACAGCGAUCCUUCAGGGAAGUAUGAUCCGGCAGUUCGGAGUCUUCAUAAUUUGGCUCAUCUGUUUUUGAAUGGAACAGGGGGACAAACUCAUUUAUCUCCAAACGACCCUAUUUUUGUCUUCUUGCACACGUUUACUGACGCUGUUUUUGAUGAAUGGCUGAGAAGACAUAAUCCUGAUAUUUCAAUAUACCCACUGGAGAAUGCCCCUAUUGGACAUAACCGGCAGUAUAACAUGGUGCCAUUCUGGCCUCCAGUUACCAAUAAUGAGAUGUUUGUUACUGCACCAGAAAACUUGGGCUACAGUUAUGAUGUUCAAUGGCCAAGCCGGGCUCUGCAGGUCACUGAGAUCAUAACUAUUGCAAUAGUGACUGCAUUGAUUCUGGUUGCAAUUAUUUUUGCUGGUACUACAUGUAUUGUGCACGCUAGGAAAAACAAGGAUGAACUGCAUCAGCCUCUUCUCACUGACCAGUAUGAGCGGUAUUCAGAUGAUUAUGAUAGCAUACCGACCCCAAGCCAGUCUGUGGUUUGAAGAGAUGGGUUUUUUCUACCUGCAUCUAACAGAAUCUGUUUCUUCUGCUGUAUUUUAUAAAUGCCAAUAACUGAUCUGCCCUAAAAUAAAGCACAAAAAGUGUCAAAUGUAUUGAUAUAUUUGCUUCAACUCCAAUCUCCUCUUUCAUCACACUCCAGGACCAGUAUAUCACCUCUGAAAUAUCAAGGGCUUAUCUUGAUAGACUCGCACUAAUUUCCCAACCCUCACCUUAUAGCUUCCAUUAUCCAUAUUCCUGAAUAAGUGUAGUGAUUUUCUAAAUUGUCCAAUACCAGUAACUGGGAGUAACAACUUGCCUUUCCUGUAUUCUGUGUAGAAGCCUUUU